AUGAAAAAUUUGGAAGAUAAACAAAAAUUGUGUGAUCAGCUUAGAAGAUCUAAAAAUGUCAUAUUCUAUGGUGUACGAGAAACAAAUAACAGAACAAACAGUGAUAUUGACAUUAUUUUAGAAAUAAUUAAUUCCAAAUUAAACGUUGCACUUGACAAAUCUAAUAUAAAUUGUUGCUUUCGUAUGAAAACGGCCGAUAAAAAUAAUAUUAAACCAAUUCUCGUCCAGUUUUGCUCCUCAGUUCAUACCAAAAAGGUGAUUUUUUAUAAUAAAAAGCUCUUAAAAGGAAUCAAUAUCAUCAUUAGGGAAGAUUUAACUCCUGAUAAAUUACAAAUAUUUAAAGCUAUGAUAGAAAAGGUCAACAAGAAUGGUAAAAUCUGGACAAAUAAUGGUGAAAUUUUUUUCAAAUCGAAUGGAAGCGACGUUGUUAAGAAGAUUAAGGAAUGGCAUGAUGUUAAUGCGAUUGGUAUCACCAGAUAG